AGAACGCUUGAUCCUGACCAGGUGCUGUGUGCGUGCAAAUACCAAAAGAGCAACAAGGUCAAAAACGAAGAGGACAUCAAGCAGGAAUAUGAAACGCCCGAAUGGCGCGCUGAGUUCAAUUUAGGACGGCGUUAUCAAGCCUCCUAUAACAUAGCCCCCACAGACAUAACACCCGUUAUUGUCUCUGCAGCGCACUUCAGCGAGGCUGAGGAUCAGCAAUAUGCGCGCACUGUCAUGCCCAUGAUGUGGGGCAUGAUUCCUGCAUGGCACAAGGGCGACUAUCGCAAACAUGGACUCACCACGAACAACUGCCGACUGGAGCAUUUAAUGGAUUCCAAACUGUAUCGUGGACCUUUCAAGCGCGGCCAACGGUGUGUGGUCGUAUGCGAAGGCUUCUACGAAUGGCAAACCACAAAGCAAGCCAAGGCAUCUGAGCGUGAGGCCUAUUUGGUCUUUGUGCCACAGGAGUCGGAGGUUAAGAUCUAUGACAAAAGCACCUGGUCGCCGGCAAAUGUGAAACUGCUACGUAUGGCUGGCCUGUUCGAUGUAUGGCAGGAUGAGAGCGGCGACACGAUGUACAGCUACAGCAUCAUUACCUUCGAGUCCAGCCAAAUUAUGUCCUGGAUGCACUAUCGCAUGCCAGCGAUACUCGAAACGGAGCAGCAAAUGAAUGAUUGGCUGGACUUCAAGCACGUGAGCGACGCUCAAGCUUUGGCUGCACUACGUCCGGCUACGGCCUUGCAGUGGCAUCGUGUUACCAAGUUGGUGAACAAUUCCCGGAACAAAAGUGAAGAAUGCAACAAACCAUUUGAAUUGGCGGCCAAGCCUGAAAAGCCGAAGGGCAUGUUGGCCUGGCUAACUGGAAACAAGCCACGACAGCAGCAAAACAACGCAAAGUCCAGCGAGGACGAGCAACUGCAGGAAAAGGCAACUAAAUAAGCCUCAGUAGAUUAGUACAUUUUCAACUAAAUUAAUUAUUAUAAAAGACCCGUAAAGUAUAUAUAUUCAUGAACAGUAUCAAAA